AUGUCAUCCGCUUUAAUUAAUCGUGCUAUUACCAAUAUUAAGACAGAAUUAGAUUUCCUUAGGGAGUCUGAAAUCAUAACCCAGCAACAACUUGAUGAAAUCUUGAAACAAUUACCUGAAAAGUAUGAUCCUUCGAGUAAGCAAGCACAGAGUAAUGAAAAACUACCCCUCCAAACGGUGAAUGCAGCAGCGAAUUCCUCCUCUGCCUCAGUAGACCAUGCCUCUGCGACGCCUCCUCCAGCAAAUCAACUGGAAUACGUGGAGGCAUUGUAUGCUUUUGAACCACAACAGGAAGGUGAUUUAAGAUUAGUCGCAGGUGACAAAGUUCAAAUUCUCGAGAAACCAUCCGCUGAAUGGUACAAGGGAACUUGUAAUGGCCAAAUUGGUAUGUUUCCCGCUAACUACGUGAAGCCAGUUACAAAGGAUAGCUUUGCUCCACCUCCCCCUCAAUAUCAACAAUACUCAAACAACUACCAACAGCCUUCAUACUCCCAACCAGCCUAUCCCCCAGCUUCAACGGGUUACUACCAACAGCCACAACAAGUGCAAGUCCAACAACCACAACAAGUGCAAGUCCAACAACAACCACAGCAGCAGAGCCAAACUAAUGAACAAUUGAAAAGAUUUGGUAGUAAGCUAGGUAACGCUGCCAUUUUUGGUGCAGGUGCUACUUUGGGUAGUGACUUGGUUAAUAGUAUAUUUUGA